CCCCGCGGCUUCCGGUCGGCAAGAUGGUGGCGCGCAGGGGGCGGCGUUCGGCGCGGGGCUCGGACGAGGGGAUCCCGAGCCCGCCGGGCUACUCAGCCAUUCCAGUCAAGUUCUCCGGAAAGCAGCAGGCGUCUCAUUAUCUCUAUGUGAGAGAGCACAGAGUUCGAGAAGGCACCAAGUCCUCCUGGCCUCAGAAGCGGACCCUUUUUGUCCUCAAUGUGCCCCCAUACUGCACAGAGGAGUGCCUGUCCCGCCUCCUGUCCCCCUGUGGCCCUGUCCGUUCUGUGGAGUUACAGGAGAAGCCAGACCUCGCUGAGAGCCCAAAGGAGCCCCAGUCCAAGUUUUUUCAGCCCAAGCCCGUUCCGGGCUUCCAGGUAGCCUAUGUGGUGUUCCAGAAGCCGGGGGGGGUGUCAGCUGCCUUGGCCUUGAAGGGCCCACUGCUGGUCUCGACAGAGAGUCACCCUGUGAAGAGCGGUGUUCACAAGUGGAUCAGCGACUACAGGGACUCCGUGCUGGACCCUGAGGCCCUGAGGGCGGAAGUGGACACGUUCAUGGAGGCCUAUGACAAGAAGGUGGCUGAGGAGGAGGCUAAGGCCCAGGAGGAGGAAGGGGUCCCUGAUGAGGAGGGCUGGGUCAAGGUGACCCGCCGCGGCCGGCGGCCUGUGCUCCCCCGGACGGAGGCAGCCAGCCUGCGGGUGCUGGAGCGGGAGAGACGGAAGCGCGCCCGCAAGGAGCUGCUCAACUUCUACGCCUGGCAGCACCGCGAGACCAAGAUGGAGCAUCUCGCACAGCUGCGCAAGAAGUUUGAGGAGGACAAGCAGAGGAUUGAACUGAUGCGGGCCCAGCGCAAAUUCCGCCCCUACUGAGCUGUGCUGGCCCUCAGGCCCGUGGGGGUAGUGAACGGGCGGCGGUGCAUGGCCAGAGAGGGCCUGGAAUGCUGGUCUCAGAGGCUGUGCCCAGGCCCAGGGGCCACCGCGUCAAGCCGCCCAAAGAUCUGAGGCACACGAGGUGGGGUGAAGGACUGUGUCGCCCUCCGUUCUGGUGCUUCAGCAGUCCUGGGGCCCAGUGCUGGGGGGGCCUGCCCAGCAUGAGGACUUGGCCUUCAGGAAGCCACUGGCCCAGGAGUGGCUCCUUCCCUCUCCUCGUCUGUUCUCAGCCUGUCUCUGGACUCACCUCUCCGGGCUGAGCAUCUGCUCUUUCCCCCCCUUCCCCUCGGCGGAGAAGCCCCCGCUGCAGUGAAACAGCCUCCAGAGCAGUGAUAAUACAGGAAUAAUUUCUCUUUCA